AUGAAGGAUAGCGGGGUGGGAGGGCUCGAGGGCCCUCGAUCCCGAUCGCAACUCCCAUUAAACACGAUGAAGGCCUCGCAAUUGGCGGCGGCAGCGCCGGCCACAUCAAGACUUUUCCCGGCAUCAACGGUCGCCCCUUCGCCCGGGUCUGACGAGACUGUGGCCAAGCCAUGGAACACUAAGAACUUAGGCCUCCGGCUCGGCACAGAUUUAGCCAGUGCGGCUACCGCCGCAGUGAUGGUGGCCCCUGUGAUAUCUAUCAUUGACCGUUCGAUAAUGGAGAAUGCCUCCGGCCGGCGCUCCCUUUUCGACUCCUUCAAGUCCUCUUUCAAGACCCUUCUCCGCAGCCCGCAUCGGGUCAUUUUGUCCAAGCCGUUUGCCCUGAUUUUCGCGGUCUACGGCGGCACUUACCUAACGGCAAACACCCUCGAUACCGCAACCUCAACCACCCGGGCUCUGCCCGCGACGCAUGUCACCUCGGGAACAGCCAAAUUUGCCGCUUCCUCAGCCGCCAACAUUGGCGUGUGCAUCUACAAGGACCAGGUUUUUGUCAAGCUCUUCGGCCCGCCGGGCGUCACCCCGCGUCCCGUCACCUUGCCGAGCUACGCCCUUUUCGCGAUUCGCGACUGCCUGACCAUUUUUGCGUCUUUCAACGUACCGCCGCUACUGGGUCCAGCACUAUCGGGCCGCCUUGGCCCUGAGAUCCAGCGCUACGUCUCUGGGCAGACCAUGGCCCAGUUCGCGGCCCCUGCCAUGGUCCAAUUAGCCAGCACUCCUGUACACCUGUGGGGAUUGGAUAUCUACAACCGACCCACGGUGACAUGUUGGAGGGACAGGUGGGCGGUUGUAAGGAAAAACUGGGCCGUCAGUACAGCCGCGAGGAUAUGCAGGAUUGUGCCGGCCUUCGGCGUUGGUGGCGUGGUCAACUACAAGAUGAGACGAGGACUGAUGGAGAAGCUGGUUUGA